AAUCAAAUGAACAGGAAGUGACCUAAGGAAUUUCCCUAUUGGCUGCCUGAGUGUUCAGCAAAAUGUUUUAAAAUUAAUAUCACAUCCAUUUAUCUUCACUCCUGGGAGUCUUUAGGAGACAUAACCUAGUACCUGUGUUUACCCAACCUACUGUUCUGUAGACAGUUUUCUCAUUGCGUCAGUUAAGGAUUUCUACUCCAGAAUCUGCAGCUAAAUGAGAUCAUGAUUUUGGAAGGAGCUGGCAGAAUGAGUAUCAAUUCCAGCAGCAACCUACUCCACCAGCAGCCUUCCUGGACAGACGGAUAUUCCACAUGCAAUGUGUCCAGCAGCUUCUAUGGAACCCAGUGGCACGAAAUACACCCGCAGUACUGGACUAAGUUUCAAGUCUGGGAGUGGCUGCAGCAUCUCCUUGAUACCAACCAACUGGAUGCCAACUGCAUACCCUUCCAGGAGUUUGAUAUCAACGGGGAACAUCUGUGCAGUAUGAGCCUGCAGGAAUUCACUCAGGCAGCUGGGACAGCAGGGCAACUGCUUUACAGCAACCUUCAGCACCUAAAAUGGAAUGGCCAGUGUGGAAGUGACGUAUACCAAUCUCAUAAUGUCAUUGUGAAGACAGAACAAACAGAUCCAUCAUUAAUGGUGUCCUGGAAAGAAGACAAUUACCUGUAUGACAGUGGCUAUGGUAGCACAGUAGAGCUAUUGGACAGUAAAACAUUCUGUCGUGCUCAGAUUUCCAUGAUGACACCUAGUCACCAGCCUCCUGAUUCUUCAGAUGUGAAAAAAUCACAAGAUCAUACCCUAAAGUCCCACACCAAGAAGCACAACCCUCGAGGAACUCAUCUUUGGGAAUUUAUUAGAGAUAUUCUUCUCAAUCCUGAGAAAAACCCGGGAUUAAUCAAGUGGGAAGACCGGUCAGAAGGUGUCUUCAGAUUUUUAAAAUCCGAAGCUGUGGCUCAGCUCUGGGGAAAGAAGAAAAACAACAGCAGCAUGACUUAUGAGAAACUCAGCCGGGCUAUGAGAUACUAUUAUAAAAGAGAAAUCCUGGAGCGUGUGGAUGGUCGGAGAUUAGUAUAUAAAUUUGGAAAGAAUGCUCGUGGCUGGAGAGAAAAUGAGAAUUAAAUAUGUCAAGAAAUAACAUUUAAAACACCUGGAUGUAAAUAUUCAAAGACUAUUUUCCUAUAUUUAUGUACCAAACUGGGGUGAAAAACCAAUUCUACUUCUGUCGGGAAGAAGGAACAUUAUGUUAUUGGUGUUAAAAUUAUUUUAUUUGAAGUAUGUCCUGUAUGGGGAAAAAAUGUACACAGUUUUCUGUGAUAUAAGAUAACAUUAUAGAGUUAUGAUUAUUUGUCCCUUCUUGUGAAGUUUUUAUCUUUUUUUUAAAUCAUACAGGCAUAAUGUGAUUUAUGAGUCAUGCAAAGAAAGGGAAGGAGCGAAAUACUAGGGCAUUUAGGGAGUAUGAUAAUCCACUUUGGAAGGCAACUAUAAGUGGAGGAAACAGUAAAGCAUCUCUGAGCCAAGUAGUCUUCUUCCAUAGUCAGCUGGUUUAUAGCUUUCAUUGGCCAAUAUCACUUGUUCCUUCCCUCCUCUGAUUUCUGAGUGUUUUAACACUUUGCUGGCUUCCAGUUGCUUUUGUUGAGUCAGACCCUGGGUUCCUCUUCAGAUAGCUUAUCCCAGCCACAGAGAGCAGUGGCUCUGCAAGGUGGCUGUCAGCAUUUAUUUGGAGAACCCAUACUACCUCCACCACUGGUACCUUCUUUUGUAGGCAGAUGUUUAGGACCUGACCUUACCUGGUACUGAGUAUCCUCCCUAACCUCCAAAGGGCAUUCAGCUCAUCCCAGGAAAAGGGCUAUUUGUUUUUAACUAACAUCUUUGAGGUGAACCACAGGAAGAGAGUCAAUCUCAGGGACCAAAAGCUAUUGAAGGAAGAUGAUAGUUUUCUGACUGGGCAAACUUACUAAAAGGCACUGGUUUCCCAGUAGAAAUAUUAAUACUCCUCCCAUCCACUUAUAUUCCUAAUUAAAACAUUCAAAUCCAUGCCACAUGAAGCAGUGAGGAAGUGGUCAAGCAGAACAUAUAUUAAUCCCAUGGCACGAGGGAGCAGUCUCCCCAGUUCCUUCUAGUUGUAUGGUCCUCCUGGCAGGUCAAGUCUCACUUGGACAGGUACUUUCAAAAAAGUUUUGAGAAAUGCAAAGCUCCAUUGCAUGUAAAAUAUUAGCUCCCUUUGCUUUUCUCAAGUCUAACUCCAUAUUGUAUUUGUAUUUGUCAACUGUGCUUGGGAUUCUUAGUUGGAGACAAACCCACCAACAUAAAGACACUGAGAUUUUGGGGGACAUAUUCAGAUCUGGGUCGGUAUUUUGGGCUCAUCUCUAUGCAGAGGCUGAACGUUCAUUGACAGCUUUUUCUUUCUCCAAGUCACAAAUACUUCCUGCUGGCACCAAGCACAUGCAGAACACGGGGAAAUAAAAACUAGAGGAGGCAGCACUUCACCAGGUCACUGAGUACGUGCGAUGUGGGAGCUGAGAAACAGGAUUUUCUUGGUGAUGUUAACAGAGGUGAAACCAAGAUCAAUUCCAACUCACUUUUUCAGGGAUGGGGAAUUUAGAAAACAAUAAUAGGGGCUGAGAAGUCCAGGACAAAAAAAAAAAAAAAAGAAAAUUAAGAAUGUUAAAUCCAUUCAAUAUCCAUUUCCUCAGGCGUCCCCUGGAUUUGAAUCCAUAUUAUCUUGAAAUGCAGCAAGGUGCAGCUGGAGGUUGUAGGAUAUUCCAUUUUUUGUUUGUCUUAAAAGGAAAUAGAGUUGAAACCAAGAGACAACCGAAGUAUCAAUAUAAAGGGUAUCAAAAGUGCUUAGCAACAAUUUGUAGGCAAACAUGAGAGCCUAACUUGUUAUCUACACAUGUAGGGCAUGUCAAACAAAAACACCACCUCCUACACUGUGUAUGCCAGAGCUGUCACCAUCAAUUACCCAUACAUGACAAUUUUUACUUUUCAUAACCUGGGUGGAGAGAGGUUCAUCCUAUUUACAAAUCAAAUAAUAAGCCUCUGUACUUCAAAGUCAUUUUUGUCUCUCAGUCUCUCUCUUUUUUUUUUUUAACUGACUGUGCUAGCCUUGCUUGCUUUUGCGCAACUCAAUAAUUUCCUUUUUUUAGCUUAAUUAGCUACAUUCCACUUCCUUUACCAUCAUUUUGUAGUUCAUACAAAAAGAACCAGGCCACCAGACAAGGAGAGCACCUUCACUUUGCUCCAAAGACGGUUUCUUCCCCACCCCACAGUUAUUUGCAGCCCUUUGCUCCAUGCUCUUCACCCUCCCCCUUCCCCCUCUUCCCCCAAUCCACACCUUGGAUGAUAAUCUGAAAUCAGUGGUACCAUCACAAAUACGCAAUACUGUUGUACUUUAUCUCAGGUUAACCUACAUCUUACAGCAACUGAUUGGAAUACCUUAACAAAGCUGCUUUCUACCAGAUCUCUUACCAAACUUCUUGGGAGAUAAAACAAACUCGUGAUAUACACGUGUCACCACUUGGUUACCGAGCAGCAGCUAAACCUGCUUUUAAAGGUUUUGAAAGAUAAAGCUUUAUUUAGAAGCAUACUGUAUAAAUCUAGAGAGUGAUUUACACUGGGGUGCAGUAUAAAUGCCAGUCUUCCACUGUCAUGUCUUUCAGCACGUGGAAAUCGUGCAAGUUUCUAUUCCCACUCUGCAGAACUUUUCAGACUAGGUACUUGUCAUUCAGCAUUACAAUAGCACAAAGUUGGAAUAGAAGCCAGUCAACAUUUACUCUGUUUUACAAAUAUAUUCACCUUUGCCUAAGACAAACACAAAGGACUGUUUAAAACUACAGUUCUUGCCAAGGACAGAUGCAACCAACCAAAGGGAGUCUUUUUACCAGACCAAAGCAAAUGGAGGAAAUGAAGACAUGAAUGUUUAUAUAAAUUACUAUUUAAACAAAAAGCAUUUCUGAUUGCUCUUUUAUUUUAUAUUUCAGAGGCUGAGCAAUCAUAUUUUUAGAUGUAUCCUUUAAGUUAGCAGCUGCUGAACUGGUAGCACCAUGUGUAUAGAUUUUUAUUGUACCAUAAUUUUUCAUAUGUAUAAAGCUCUAGAUAGGAAAGUAUAUUAUAUUUAUAUAGUUACAUGCAAAUCACAAUGUCAAAGGUGUUGGCAUGAGCAUUCUCAAACUGUAUUUUCUGCACAAAAUUAGAGCAACAUACUCUAAAAACAUCCUGAGAAACUGUAUGUAGGCUGGUGAACUACAGAGACAUUAAAAUGUUUUGUUACAUUUUCAUCUUUCUGCAGCACAUUGCAUAAUUCUUGCUUGCUUCUCACAGCAUCAUCUUCAAUGUAUACAUGUGGGAAAAAAUCCACAUCAGAUGUUUCACUAUUGCCAUUGUAAAUGUCAGCUUGGAGACUAUGUAUCACAAAAUGGUUCUAAAGACUGCUUCUAUUUUUGUGGAUAUGAUAUAAAUUCAAAUAAAACACUCAUGA